AUGGCUGACUUGCGCGCCAUUGUCAGUGAGGUGGAGGAUGCCAUGACAUCCACUCUGCCAACAGCCCUUCCUCGCAGCAGCUACAUCGCUCCCUCCGCUCUGCCCACCACCUCUUCAUUCCAGUUCGGCGUGGCCACUUCGCCUCCAUCGGACCCAAACAUCAUCAAAUUCACACCCAAGCUUCGCGUUCCGUUCUUCAGAGGCGCUGUCAAAACUGUGUUCAGCGACGACAUGUCCAGCGGUCCUCCUAACGAGCCCAACUUGUCUCCAGUCUCGACCGCUAAGCUCUCAACCCACAUGGUCGUCGCUUUGCCUGUCAUGGUCGCACUCAGCACCCCGGUCCCGGGCAACCCAUUCGAGCUUCUUGCGAAUGAGACGAUCCACAACAUCGCUAUCUUGGUUGACAGCGAUCAAGACCUCGUCCAUUUCAGCCAGAGCUGCAAGCAUGUGAACAGUCACAUCGAAGAGAAGGUCAAUUCCUUCUGGCGCGCGCGGUUCCUGUCCAAGUUCGAGAAGCCUCGUAACUACCAGGCGAAGAAGUGGGACAACCUGGAGUACAAGAGACAGUAUCAACACCGUCGAUCUGCGCUCAAGAACGGCGCUCUCUUCAAGAACGGCAAGACCGUGCCAGAGAAGGUGUGCUUGCAGGUUCUACGAGACCUCAUCAACGACUCCUUCUCCCAGCAGAAGUUUUUUGAGAAGAAGUAUCCUGAGAUAGUUUACGAGGAUGGUAACCUUGUCGCAAUCGUGCGAUUCUGCCAGAAUGAGAACAUCCUCCGAUCUCUUCUCGAUCCCCGCAACGCCCCAAAGCGCAGUUCCAUUGGCAACAAGCACACCACCGAUCCAUUGCUGCAGACCAUCCAGGCUGUUCUGUCUCCUCUUCUGCUGGCUGAUAUUGGCGCUGACGUGUCCGUCUUUCCCUCGAGUCAGAUUUCGGCCUACACUCCAGCCAUCACGCAGCCAAUCUUCCAGGGCUGCAACGGUGGCUCCAUCAAUAUGGAAUGGACGAUCCACCAGAUCAACUUCUGGAAGUACCACUUCACCCGCGAAGCAGAGAGCACACUCUUCACCGACAUCAGUGAGCUCGAAGGCGCAGACUUCCCGAAGCUGUGGAACUCCCAGCUAUCUCAGACCGGUGAUCCCGUCCUCGGCGAGAAUUGGAAGCAAAUCUCUGCCUUCCUGUCGCCCGAUGAGAUCUACACCAUUCGCGGGGAUGACCCUCCUGAUGACAUCCAGGAUGAGUUCACCGGCGCCGACAGCGGUGGUGCGAUCCAGGAUCUCGUCAUCAAGAUGUCGCCUCACGACAACACCUCAGCAGGAAACACCGCCAUGAUCAAGCAUAUCCUCAAUGCCCACCGCCCGUCGAAGCGUGCUAAGACUCGCUCCGACCCCAAGGAUGAUGCUCCAGAUGCCAAGCCAAACACAUUCCGCAUCAAGCACCCGCGCGGCGCUGAUGGUCAGUGGAUCGCUGAUGGUUGGAUCGAGUCACUACCUUCGCAGAGUAGCAUUUCUGGCUGGCAGCGCUUGUCGAUGACGAAAUUCUGGGUGGAUACAAGCGGCGAGAUCGAUUAUGAAACCAUGUGGGCCUACGAGGGCGUCGUGCUUCCCGGUGGACGUCUCAUUGUCGGCAGAUGGUGGUCUCCUAACGAGAGCGCCAAUACCGAGAAGCAGUACUCCGGUCCCUUCAUCAUGUGGAACACCGACUGA